CAGGUCCUACGAGACUAAGCCGGGAAGCCUGCAGAGGAACUCUUAUCCUCCAGUGCCUUCUAAUGUGAGAUGUAAGACCAGAACUCUCUCUUGUCAUCCCUGCUCGGUAUCCGACUUUCCCCAGUGGUCCUUUGAUGGCUCCAGGAACUAUACACAUUGAACAAAUAAAAUUCAUACCCACGACACUCUGCAGUCUAGCACUUCCCAGGCCAAAGGUCAUGACAGUGACGUUCUCCUGAAACCAGUCAACUUCUAUAGAGACCCUUUCUUCCUGGUCUGCAUUGACCUCUAUAACUAGUGUCAAUGUGUUUGGUGAUCAAUCUCAGCAUCCUAAUGUAUGAGAAAAGGCCAACAUUGAUGGUCUCAUGCAACGUAAAUGGUAACAGUAUCCUAGUGAUGUGUGAGACGUAUUCCAAGGACGGGACACCUCACCCUACGAACAAGAGAUACUCUUGUGACAGGAUAAUGGAGAGAGUGAUGGAUGAGGAGAACCCAGAGUUUGCCAUAGAGCAGGAGUACACUCUACUGGCCAAAGUUGGGCUACCCUGGACAGCAAGGUCCCUACUACUGUGCCGUGGGAGCCACCAA